AUGCUUAGAGCAUUCGCAGCUGAUCCGACGGGGUCCGCUACGUCUGGUAGCAGGAAAGGCUGUCACUUUGUCUAUCUGGAGGCGUGGACACAUAGCGAUACAUCCGGCGUUCACACGCACGACUUCACCGCCGCGCCGCUGGAUGAGUCGCAAAUCGGUGACUGGGCAUGGCAACGGGGUGCCUUUGCCCCCCAGUCGGCCGUGCCAGGCGAGACUAAGAAAAGUCUCGAGGGCGGUCUGAGGGUGUUGUUCGCGCAGCCAACAUCAAACUUCCGCGCGGCUACGCCUACGGCGCUCUUCACUGGCAGGGUGUGCGAGGCGCUCGGGUUACCGGAGCUUACCUUCACAUCAUUCCAGCAGUAUUCGGGGGUCUUUUCCAGUCACACGUAUCCGGAGGGAAGUUCUAUUGAGGAGUGUGCCAAGUUGAGCCUCAUUUUCCGGACUCCCGAGAAAAGCCAGUUAUCCAUCGGGGGGUUCGCCAUCUCCCACGACUUCAAGACAGGUAUCACAACGGCGCUGAACGUUGGGGAUGCCUUCCGGCUAGGCCAGUACUGCCAGGAGGUCCAGAGCGACAAGUCCUCCUCCCCCGCGGAGUCAGCGAUGGGAGCGUUAAUCGAACAAGUCAGAGAAUGCCAAAGCCUGUGGGCGCAUCCUCUUCUGCUGCCCUGCCUGUUCCUCGUCACCCACGCCCUUCGGGUACGGGCGUACAUUAUGGGCGACCUGACCCAGCAGGUCAUAGUCGUCGAGCGCAAUGUGGGAGUGACCAGUGCCGGACGUUCGCGGCGCACGGUCGAUCGCAGUACAGGGGCAUCGAGCCGCUCUAAUUUGACGGUUACGGUUGACCAGGGCACCGACGACAGCUUGUACUCGGGCGACCAUAUGCAGCGCAACAGCGCCAAGCGCCUCACCCGCUCCAUCAACGAUCUGUCGACGUGGAUCAUCUUCGCCCAGCGCUCGCCGCGCUGGGACAUCGACUGCGUCGAGUUCCUGCUGGGGCUAUUUGACGGCAACGGCAGUGGCAGCAAGAAGAGACUGGCAGGAGUGUACCGCGGUGCGGCGGCGCACACCUUCCGCGAGACGCUGGACUACGUCCGCAAUUACUGCGAGUCGUGUCUGGAGGUGACGCAGACGUCCGAAGCUCGGAUGCAACUCCAGCUGAACAUUCUAUAUACCUCGAUCGCCCAGGAUGAUGGCCAAACCAGUGCGCGGCUUGCGGCCUCGGCUGGCAAGGACAGCACCUCGAUGAAGAUCAUUGCACUCAUCACGGCAGCGUACCUUCCAGGAACAUUCGUUGCAACGCUGUUUAGCAUGGGUAUGUUUGACUGGCAGGCUAAUAGCAGCGGUGACGACAGCCAGCAGUCACGUCACAGCGCCGUGUCCCCGGACUUUUGGAUAUACUGGGCUGUCGCUGUUCCUUUGACCAUUCUUACCUUGGCCGGCUGGGCCUUCUGGUGGAGGGUUGAGAAGCAAAGGUUUAUCCGAGAUUUCCAGCAUGCCGUGGCGGAUCGGCCACAACGCCUUGACAAAGACGAUUCGGAAAGGGGCAAGGCUCGAUUUUUGCCAUUUACAACGGCUUUGUAA